UUCAGCUUCUAGUACUACAUAUGCUUUUGCUUCUACCACUUAUUCUCCUACCAUCACUGCUGCUGAACAAUCAGAGGCUCUGUUGAAGUGGAAAGCCACCCUCCUCUAGCUUCCACAACCAAACCCCCCACUCUGAUCAUCUUCUGCCUUCUUGGACACUCACCAAUUCUUCUUCUUCUUCUUCUUCUUGCAAUUGGGUUGGUAUUGUUUGCAAUCAGCUCGGCAGUGUCUUCUACAUACAACUAUUGGAUAUGGGUUUGCAAGGUACACUCAAAAGCUUAAACUUCACUUCUUUCCCUGACCUUGUUCAUCUUGAUCUCACCAACUUUACUCUCUUUGGCACCAUUCCUUCUCAGAUAAGUAGCUUUCUCAAGCUUAGAUUCCUAAGUCUAACUUACAAUCAACUCUCCGGCGAAAUCCCAUCAGAGAUCACUCUACUAACAAGUCUUCAAUUCUUGUAUCUUGGUGCUAAUAAUUUCAGUGGCUCCAUACCAUCAGGUAUAGGAAACAUAAAUCAUCUUAUAGAAGUAGAUCUAAGUUACAACAAUCUCAAUGGUUCAAUCCCUGCUUCUUUGGGUGAUUUAUACAAUCUGACUUGUUUAAACCUCUCUGUUAAUGCUCUUUCUAGUUCUAUUCCUGUUGAAAUAGGAAACUUGAAAAAUCUGAUUGAGCUAUAUCUGUACAAUAAUUCUCUAUCAGGAUCCAUCCCUGCCUCCACAUUUGGGAACUUAACCAAGCUGACCACAUUACAUCUAUAUCUGAAUAAUCUUUCUGGUCCUAUUCCUGUAGAAUUAGGAAACUUGGCAUCCCUUAUAGAUUUACAAUUGUCUCAAAAUUUCCUGACAGGUUCAAUUCCACUCAGUUUUGCUAACUUGUCCAAUUUGCAGGUAUUGUCCUUGUAUCAAAAUCAAUUAUCUGGAAUCAUCCCUGCAUCCAUAGGAAAUUUGAAAAUUUUGAUUGUCUUGGUGAUGCAAAAUAAUUCUCUGACAGGAUCCAUCCCUUCCACAUUGGGGAACUUAACCAAGCUGAAAUUGUUAUAUCUGUAUCUGAAUAAUCUCUCUGGUCUUAUUCCUUUAGAAAUAGGAAAUUUGGCAUCCCUUGUAGAUUUAGAACUGUCUCAGAAUCUCUUGGAAGGUUCAAUUCCACUCAUCAGUUUCACUAACUUGUCCAAGCUUGAGAAAUUGCACAAGCUUAAGGGAAAUAUAUCAGAUGCUUUUGGUUCGUAUCCACAUUUAUAUACAAUUGAUAUGAGAAAUAACAAAUUAUAUGGUGAGAUUUCAGCAAAUUGGAGAAAUUGUCCAAAUCUUACAAGUCUAAGGAUGUCAAGAAAUGAGAUUACUAGCAGGAUACCACCAGAGCUUUGGAAGUCAACUCUACUACAACAACUUGACCUUUCUUCCAACCGUUUAAUUGGAGAGAUUCCAAAGGAAUUAUGGAAGAUGAAGGCUUUGUCAAGCCUGAAUUUGAGCCAUAACCAGCUUUCCGGUAGGUUGCGAUCGAAAAUUGGAAACUUGUCUAACUUACAAGAUCUUGACUUGUCAUCCAACAAUCUAACUGGACCUAUUCCGGAGCAGCUAGGGGAUUGCUUCAAAAUGAUUUACCGAAACUUGGGUAAGAAUAGAUUAAAUGGAAGCAUUCCAAGACAAAUGGGUAACCUGAUUUCACUACAACUUCUAUUGGAUAUUAGUCAUAAUCAACUCUCUGGAGAGAUACCAUCACAGAUUGGGCAAUUGCGUAGUCUAGAAACUUUAAAUAUCUCACACAAUAUUCUCUCCGGUUCCAUUCCCUCAUUAUUGGAAGAAAUGUUGAGUUUGACAGUCAUUGACAUAUCAUAUACUCAGUUGGAAGGCUUUCACAAACAAUAA